GUCGCUUUCGAUUAUUGUGUAUCAAUAAAAUAAUUCGGGCAGUUGUGUUUUUGUGUGAAUCGCGGAAAAUACUUGUGAUUUUCAUCAACGACCAAACUCGAUCUCUUUUAAGAGACUACCAAUAACAACCACCAAAUAAAAACAAACGCCAACGUUCAACAUUUACAUAUUUGUUAAAUGGUGUUUUUUCUAUGUUUUUCCCUUCAUUGGUUAAGCAAUAAUUUAAGUUUACGAUUUAAACAAAAAUUGUGUUCAAAUUAAAAGCGCAGUGAAAAGAGCCACUACAAACACAAAAUAAAAGAAAGAAAUUAUAAAUCAAAUACACAUACUUACACGAUUUUUCAUCGUAUUUUCUUUUUUUCUUUCAUUUCGAUUUUAAAAAAAUCCCAUUUCAUUUCAUCGUGUGAUAUUAUACAUACUUGACACGUUCUCAUGCAUUUUUAAAUGAACAAAGCAAAAGCAGAAGAGAAAAAAGCAAAAUUGUGUGUGAGAAUACACUGGGAACAUUUUGUUGUGAAUGCCAAUAACGCAAAUGGCUAUAUCAAUCGUUAGAAACGAAUGCAAAAUACACAUCGAAAUACGACAUAUUUGCUCGUAGCCUGACACAUGGUCGAAAGAUACAUUGUGAUUUACUAGUUGUUUUGAUUAAAUUUAAAUUAACAAUAUAAAAUACAAAAAAGUGCAAAUAUUCGGCAUUUAUAUUCGAAAAGCCAAGCAUAAAAUUUAAUCGCAGCCGAGGAGGCAAUAUUCAGAAUAGAAAUAAAAAACAAUAGAACGAAGAUAAACAAAAUCCAAUUGCGUUCCGUGUAUAUGUGUGCAAAUUGAAUAACGUAUUAUAGCUGCAGAAUAAAUAUGCCGAUAGAAUAUUGCUUUUCCAAAUAAAAUUGAAUGUCAAAGGACAAAAAAGCGAGCAAAUCAAAAUAAAAGAAUUUUCAUGCAACAAAUAAAAAAAAGUGUAACAAACGACGGGUUGAACAAUCACAAUCAUAUGCAAUGGCAUUGCGGGAAUGAAAAACGAAUGGCAGUGGUUAAAAGCAAUUGAGAGAAAACGCAUGGCGCAUACGACGAACAAACAUUGUAUAAAUCACAUCAUAAGCUGCAGGCGGAAAAGCACAAUUUAAUCAGCGAAACAAUUUUCAUCACAUUUUGCAUUGUAUUUUCACUCUGUCCGCCCUCUUUGUGUAUGAGCGUUCGCAUUGUUGAUGUUGAAAUUCAUUUUUGUUGUUUAAUUGAUAAAAAAGCAACACCUUCAGGCGACUUCAUUGCAUCGGUCGAUUCUGGUUGAUCGGUGGUGAAACACACAUAUCGAAUAUAAACGGAGCAAGAAAAAAAAACGAGUCAACGGGAAAAUCCAAUAAGUUGUGUUUUAUUCUGUACGAACAUACACAGCGCGUACAAGAAGACGGGGAGAGAAAGAGAACAAAGCCACACGAUAGAUAUACGCAACCUACACAUUUUCAUAUCCACUGAAGCAUAUAAUAUCCGAGAAAAGCCGUCGCUUUAUUUGUGUCAUAUUUGCUUUUGUUUCAACAUCAACCAACGCAUUUCGACUCAGGCAAUUUACCCGAAAAAUCUAUUUGGAUACAUACAAACAAGUCUGUCUCUCUCUCAUCGACCACACGCGUACGACUACAAGUUGGUGCUGGGUGCUACCGUGUUACUAUUACGACUCCUGUUAAUGUUGAAAAUUGUGUACUGACCUACACACAUUAUCUGAAUAUUGCCCGAAAGCAUUAGUGCCAUUUACCGUUUGGUGAAAUUUGUUUUAAAAUUUCCAUGGGGCGGAGGACGAUUGUGGUGCAAUCGGUUUUUUUGGUUAACACUGUCUCUCUCGAUAUAUCCCAUAACCAUCUGAUUCAUUAAAUGUGUACACGUUAUCUUGACAACGCACACACGUUAUCGAUAUAUACAUACAUACCAAAUAACUUUACCACUUUUUGCCACAAUAAAACCCAAUAAUAAUAACAAUAAACGAUCGACUGUGCCGCUGCUGCUGCUCUGUUUUCGACGAACACACAGCACCGAGAAUAGCGAGCGUGAAUUUUUUGAACGUGCUAAACCAAUGAAUAUUAUCGAAUAAAUUGUAAUUGCUUGUUAAAUGGCUUGUUGACAAUGAAUUCAUAACUAUUGUUCGGUUUACAUAAUAAAAGAAUACAUACACACAGACAUACAAAGUAAAUGCAAAUAAACUGCAAAUUAAACUGAAUAUUCAAUAGUGCACAGAUUGGAUUGCCGCUGCUAUCGAACAAAAUAAACAUUAAAUACUUUAUAUUGGACGUAGAAUUUAGAAAAUUAAAUUAAGUACACACAAAAUCAAAAUAAAAAUCUACUAAAAUGCCAGAACAAAGCAACGAUUAUCGAGUUGUGGUCUUCGGCGCAGGUGGAGUUGGUAAGAGUUCACUGGUGCUGCGAUUCAUAAAAGGAACAUUCCGAGAGAGUUAUAUACCAACGAUAGAAGACACAUACCGACAGGUCAUUAGUUGCAAUAAGAACAUCUGCACCUUACAAAUAACAGAUACAACGGGUAGCCAUCAGUUUCCGGCAAUGCAGCGUUUAUCGAUCACAAAAGGCCAUGCGUUCAUACUGGUAUAUUCGGUGUGCUCAAAACAGAGUUUGGAAGAAUUGAGGGCGAUUUGGACAUUGAUUAAGGAAUUAAAAGGACAAGAGAUAACACAAAUUCCGGUCAUGUUGGUUGGCAACAAAUGUGAUGAGAGCGCUGCAUUGCGCGAAGUUACCGAACUAGAGGGAAAAGCUGAGGCCGCAUCGUGGGGCGUUUCAUUUAUGGAAUGCUCGGCCAAAGAGAACAUUCGGGUGACUGAACUGUUUCAAGAAUUGCUGAAUAUGGAAAAAACGCGCACCGUAUCACUGCAAUUGGAUGGAAAAAAGAAUAAAAAAUCCAAACCAAAGAAGAAAGAUCUGGCAAAUGGCGGUGUUUCACAAGACGGUGGUGAAGGUUCAAGUGCUAAUAUCAAAGAAAAAUGUCACGUAAUGUAAGCGCUUUCGAAACGAUUUUAAGACCAAAACCAUUAGCGAAAAGCAAGUGCAAAUAAAAUCAUCUCAACUGUACUACUUCUGUUAUGAAGAAGAACAGCAACAAAUAUAUAUAUAUAUAUAUAUAUAUAUAAUGUACAACACAUAAAAACUUCAACGAAUAAACUUACAGUUAUAAGAACGGGAGACAGAGAAAAAUGUCGAAAGAAAAAAAAACACAUAAAUUACGAGCCACAAAAAUAGACACAAAAGAGAAACAGUAAAAAUGUAAAGAGUUUUCAGCGCAGCAACACUGUUGUAUUCUAUUUGCAAAUUAUUAAUGGAUCAUUAGAAUAUUUAAAAUGACAAAGACAUUACAAAAUGGUGCAAAGUUAGAACAAUAUCAUCGAAGAAAAGAGCGAGUGAAGAAAGAGGCAAGGUUAAGAAUGUGAGCGAGUGAGUGGGUGCGUAUGCUUAUUUGUCAAGCAUUUAAGGAGAUUACAGAGAGUGUGAGAGAGAAAUGGCACUUGAGUUAAAAAGCCCAACUUGAUUAUGGAAGUAUACGAAAAUGAUUUGGUAGAAGAAGAAAAAAUUCACAGAAAAUACAAUCAAAACCAAAUCGAAGAAAAUAAGCGAGAUAAAUAAGAGGAAGAAUACAAGUUGAAUAUGAAUGAAAAGAAGAAAAAACGAAAUCCCUGUAAAAGAAGGGGAUGAAGUUGGUAGAUAGUGAGGAAAAGCUUUUACGUCAAAGUGCAUUUAAAUUGCUGUUAUCUAUUUUCGCAUUGGAAAUUGUUCAUGUUAUACCACAUAUUUUUUGCUCAUAAUAAAUUUGUGUUUUCGUCGUUUUUCCCUUUCGUUCUACGUAAUAUAAGUUUACUAUGUAAAAUAAAAUUGCCAACUUGUUUGCUAUACCACAGAAUUGCCCUGCGUCAUAUAUAAAUUGUAUUGCUCAACAAGAAAUAUAUGGAUGCGAAAAACAUGUUGAAUGCACGUUUCCUACUCUCUCUUUUUUUUUCUUCGUCAUAUUGGUUUUAUAUGUUGUUCUCAUCGUGUUAUUUGUUGAGACUGCAAUUCUGGUUCUCACACUUUUUAUCUCUCUCUAUAUAUCUUUCUUACUCUUACCUACUUAAUUCGCAUCAAAAAUUGAACGUAUUCGUAUUGCAGUGCAGGAUUUGCAGCGAACAUUUCGUAGGGAAUAAAUGUGAUUUGAUUUUUUGUUGUUGUUAUUAUCGUUGUUCUCGCUGUAUCGUGUUGGAAAAAUCUGUUUCGUACAGAUUUCAGAACGUGUUAAGUGGGAGAAAACCACCAGAUUGCUGUGUGCAAAAAGCAAAAUAUUUCGCGGAAUUUAAAGUAAACAGAUGCAUUGUUACCACACACAUACACACACAAUAAAUGAAAUUCGCAUACAGUUAAUCAGACCAUGAUAACGCUGUUGCAUACACAGCAUUGUCAGGCGCCAAAGACCAAUUUGGAUCGUUACAUACCUUACCCAUAUUAUUUACAAGCGCAUUAUUUCAUUUGUACAGUAAACAGAAUUAGUUGGUGGCUUUUUUCUUCUCCAAUUUUAUGUUUAAUAAUAAUAAAUAGCCAAAAUGAAAAUGAAAAUCCAUGAAAAGCAGCUUGGACACUGUUUACGAAUGGGAUUCGUUUGACCCAAUUCACAUUGCAAAAUGUAAUGUUUCCCACAUGCAAAUGCAUCUCGUCACACUAAAUAAUCAUUACCAUAUUUUGCGAAACAAGAUGCGCAUCCAUCCAUACACAAUUCAAAAUCAUUGGAACAUAAACCAACUCGGCACACAAUGAGGAACGGUGAUGAUAGAAUAGCAUACAUUGAAGAAGAAAAACAAAAAUGUUUGCUUGUAAUCCCAAUCGGAUGGUUUCUGGUUUAUGGUGUUGUGUAUACACGAUGAAAAGCAGCUUCACCAUUAGCUUAGGUUUAGCGUGGAGGCGUUUCCGGUUGAUAACAUCGUUGUAAUUUAUUGACAUAUGAUUAGCUCGUUCGAGUCUUUAAUUUCUUGUUUAUUGAACGAUUUCACCCACGCAUCCUUUCCAUAAACCAUUCAAUAAGCUCUGGAAAUAACCCAUAUUAUAAAUGGCACACUAUAUUCUCCACAACGGCAAAAGUGAUUCAAGACAUUCUUUAACGAUCUGCGAUGGGAGUGUUUUUUUUUUCAAGAGCCAUCACUUUUUAUUUGAAGCAAUGUCGAAUGGGAAAUGACGAAGAAAACUUUCAAUUUACUGUGUGGAAAUUGCAUGACGACUGAACAUCAUUUAUCAAAACAGUUGGAUCGGAUUCAAUGCAAACUUGUGCAGAAAGUAAUCAACUAAAAUAAUACAAAAAUCGGUAUGAAAAACAAAAAAAGCGUUUGGUCAUUAGAGUGAAGUCCUUGUGCUAUUACGGAUUUCGACCUAUUCCGAAUGGCUAGUACAUUUACAGCAGUAAACAUUUGUUUUUGAACGAUUCAUCACUGCAAAUGGCCAUUUGGAUUAAAUUCAUUUAAUGCCAAGUUAGGGACAAACCACUUGAUUUCAAUGUGGCCGGGUUUUAAGUAAAUUAGAAAACAGCAAUUCAACACAAACACACACAUACAUAACUCCCACGACAGAGUGUUUGGUUCAUAUUCAAUUCUUUUCAGCGAAAUGCAAACGAAAACCGAUUGCAAUAAUGAUAACUCAUUCACUCACACUCUGUUAAUGUCGUUUCUCUUUUUGCGCCGCUGAGAUGGUGAGAGAAAAUCAAGAAUCAUAAAAUAACGAAUAUGGAACCUCGUUAUCUGCCAGUGCAAACACUUGAGAAAUUACUAUUUAAAUAGGAGCCAGCUGUAAAAACAUAUCAGAUUAAUUUCCAUCGAGAUAAGUGGCUCAAUUAGAUGAGAAAAUUCCCAUUUCGAAUUUGUCGCAUGGUAUUCAUCGGUUGUCGCUUCUUGUAAAUUAUGAACAACAAACACAACGACACUACCGUUCAACACGCUUAAAAUUCAAAGUUCUUUGCUUGGUUGAGGUAACGUAACAAAAAAUUGCUCAUUUCAUUCGUUUUUUUUUUUUUCAUUCUCGAAAAAAAAAACCUAUGCGUAACAUAGUAAAAGUUGGCGUUCAUAAAUAAAUAAAUAAUCCAAGUUUGUGAAGUGCACUUUUCACUUGCAAAACUCAUUUAGAGCUAUGAAAUUGUGUGCACAUUUGAUCUUUUCAUUCAUUUUGGAAAAUUGUUUCUCCUCUCGGUGCGUAUCACUGCGAAGCGAAAUGAAACAAACAAAAAAAUUAAUAAUUCUAGAAAAAUAAUACUCGAAAGUUUUCCGGAAAAUUCCAUUUCUUAAUGUUCUGUGUUCGAGAUGAAGCGGAAAAUUGUUCAUCAUUUGAGUUUGAAACCCAUUGAAAUGGUUGCGAUGGAGAAAAAAAACCCAAACGAAGUAGAAAACUAAAAGGCACUUUGGUUAUUUUUCAAUGCACCGUAGCGGAAAACGGAUGGAAACGUAUCGCAUGCACAACAGAAAUUUCCACUUUUGUUUCAUUGUUCAUAACUUUAUUUCCGCUGGAAAACUAAUUUACGUAUCUGGAAUUCAAAGACCAUAUCUAUUCUCUUUCUCUUAUUCUUGUAUUUUUUUUCUCUCGUUGUUAUUCAGUCUCAGUCUUUCACUCGAAGUCUCGAUGAAAAAGUGUUUCCUUUGAAAAAUGAAACCGACAAAAUACUGAUGAUUCAGUGUAACUAAACACAUUUUCAAGGUUUAAUUGGCAUUCCGAAGAAUUGUAUCAUACAAUUACAUAAUUGCUCAUUUGUUUGUCGGAACAAAAAAAAAAUUAUUUCUCAUCCAUUGCCAUAAGCUGAAUGAAAUAUAUGUAUAUAAAAAAGGGUAGAAGCAAUUCGUCUUGACUUUUGACCACACGCUUGUGUGUGGGACAUCGAGAAAACAAUGUUUUUCGCUCAAACCCAAUUUCUACGAAUCGAAGCAAAAUGCCGUUGAUAUGGUGUAUUGCGUGGGUGGAACUUUAACUCAAAUGCGGUCGCUUUUAUCACUUUUGACGUUUGAUUUCAACUUUUUGUUCAUACUCCCUGCACACAGCUGGGACACACUACAGAAGUUAGCCAUUGAAGCUGCGUAGUUUGUGUCAACAUUUUUACCAGUCGGUUGUAUUUGAAAAUUCUUUUUUUUUUCGUUGGUAUUCCCAGUCCAGCAUUUUUUUCGUGCUCAUUCAUCUUUCAUUUCCGCAAAAAUCCAUUUAAAUGAUUGCAAAGCAUAUGUUGCACGCACGUCGUUGCCUUUUACAUUGUGAAUUCAGCUGUUGCUUUCUACCUCUGUAUGAGAUACUUUGCCCAACACACACACACACAGUUAUCAUAUGCCAAAUUAGACGUUUUUGUUGACUUAGUGAUGUUUUAUUCGUAUGAAAAAGGUAUAAAUUGAACAAAAGAACAAAAAAAUAUGUGUUAUCUUUUUUUUCCUUUUGUUUAGCUUGUAGAUGUAAUAAAAUAGAUAUUUUUUGAAUGAAGCAUUGUAUUUCGCACCAAACACACGAAUUAUUAGACGAAAAAAAUUGAGUUAUCAAUUCGAUUGACAAAUAGUUACAUGUCAUAUAGAUUUAAAAUGUAAACAAAAUGAGAUUGAAAAAAAAAACGAGAAAAAGUAAUAAUUGAAACAAAAAAAAUAUAUUUUUUUAUUGAACAUUGGCAUUUUGCAAAACAGAAAACAAUAAAUUUUAUCAGAGAAAUUUAAUUAAAUGCACGUCGUAUGAUUAAAUUUUCAAUGCUUUUACACGUUGUAGUAAAACCUUCAGGAGAACAAAUUAGAGAGAAACCAAUUAGAAAAGCAGAAAUUUUUCGGUUGAGGCUCGUUUUUCCAUUCCGGAACCUGAAAAAAUCGAACAACACAAUCUAUGUUCAAUCUCUUUGAUUGACGAUACAAAGCAUUUUCGGCUCUUUUGUUCAUUUGUUUUUGUUGUUUUGUUUUAAUAUAUUGACAUCAAAAACAUUAUAUUCGAUUGAUAUCACACGUCAUCACAAGACACAAGAGAAUUGCGUGCUCACAUCCAUUCGGAUUAUAUAUCGAUUUAGGUCAUCACGCAACUCCUUGACGUGGAAAAUAACUAGAAAAACUAACUUAAUUUUUCUAUAUCGAUAUCAAGCGAGAGAGUGAUACGGAUUAACCCUUAACCGGGCAGGUCAAAAUCCUAGCGUUAUCGCCCUCUGAGGCCCGACGUACAUUUUCCAUGCAAAUUCAAUGAAAAAAAAUUCUUUUUCUUUUUUCAAAUUUCAUUGAAUUUAAACAACGAAAAUUAUUGUUUUAACAUAAUAGAUACUGAAUUAAAUAUGUUUUUUGUAAAAUAUAACUGAAAUGAAAAAAAUAAUCAAUAUUUAUUCCCAAUCGGAUGAAUUUAAGUUUCAGUUCAGUAGUUGUUUAGUACAAAUUUUGCACUUCAUUUUAAAAAAAUUGAUGACAUUUUGUAUGGAAAAUGUACGUCCGGUAGUUGUUCAAACCUCAAUACAGCGCUACUUAGGGAACCAAAUUUAAAACAACUUAUCAACGAUUAGUAGAAGAAUGAAAGAAUAUAUUACAAAACAAUUUGUUUGAUUAAAAUAAUAUUUUAUGCGAUUUUAUGUAUCUUUUUUUUUUAAAUGCACUACCGGGCCUCAGAGACCCUACCUGCCCGGUUAAGGGUCAAAGAGAACGACCAUUUUGUUCGGUAUUUAAUCUUUUAUUUUUUUGAAAUGUAAAUAAAAUUUUGUUUUUCUAGAAUAAACUGUGAUUGAAAUGAAAAAGCCACACAAAUUAACGACAUAUGAAUGUUUUCCUGAAAUUUUAUCGUAUACAUGAAAUCAAUAGCAAAUAGAAAAGAACAGAAAAAAAAGUUCGAAGAGGAGAGAUGUUGAUGUAAAUCGAAUAACGAAAUAUUGAUUUAGAGCCAGUGAAAAUCAAAUUUACAGUGUUGAGAGAAUGAAAAAUCAACAAUGCAAGGAGAUGGAAAAAGUGUCUCCAAUUUUUUUCUUAUGAUUAUUAAAUAUUGCAGCGUAAGCGAAACGGGCGCACGUAUACACGUGCCAUACAUAAGCCAACGUCGCACUAAGUUAAAUUAAUCAAUUAGUACAUUUCAUUUCCGUUCAAAACUGCGAAUUAGCGCAAUUAUCCCAACAGAAAAUGUCUAAUGCAUGACAAAAAAAAUAUCGAAAAGGAAAAGAGAUUAUAAAUACCCAGGGACAUAAAUGGUGGAAUGAUUUUUGUGUCGAAAAUGAUUCUGCUGUCACCGAUUAAAAGAACAUCAUGAUUUCUCAUGAUGAUAUGAGCACCAGUUCUUUUUACCAUAUUUUACCUUUAAAAUUAAACAGCAAAAAGAAAAACCAGAACCCUGACUUGCAAAAUUUACACUCGAUGAACAUUCACGAAAGAGGCAGCUAAAAUAUGAAAUUCAAAUGAUUUUAACUAGAGUAGAACUCCAAAUGCGGGUGUUUAACAGAAAUACAAGCGGAGAUAAGAUUAUUGCUCCCCUUCUCCCUCUCCUCCCAACAAAAUAAAAUAAACAGAAUUAUACAAUUAAAAUUAUUAUCUAUUUUUAUCUAAUUAGUGGUUGUUCGAGGUGAAUAGUGAUCGUUUGUGCAUGGAAAGACAAAUCAUUUUUUUUUUAAUUUGCUUCGAUGGUGUUUAUGCUAGUCUAAAUAUAUUAGAGAAUCCAUGUCACUGACGAUCAUUGUCCACAUCGAUUUCAAAACAAAUAUGAAUAUAUUAUCUAGUUUUAGAUGAAAAGUUGCAUUUAAAAAUUGAAACAUACAUAAAUGGAUACAACGAAUUCAAACACAAAAAAAAAAAAACAGAACGGUGUGAAAAGAACACUGAUCUAGUGAUUUACACAUACACGGGCAAAUAAAUGGAAUCACCAAAGCAAAUGAGAUUUUAUUUAUUAUUAUGUUUGUUAUUAUCAGUAAAAAAAAUAAAUGUAUUCGAGUAUGGAAAAUCAUACGAUUUUUAUUAAAUAACAUGUAGAUGACUGUUGUGGUCGGUUGGUUGUUUUUUCCCCUGCACCCAUACCCCAUCCAUGUUCGUAUCUAGAAUUUGCCGUUUUGUACGGAAGAACGAUAAAAGUUAAGCAUUUUUAAAUGCUGUUAGUUAUAUCUCUUUUCACAACCAUCGAAUAUUGUUCUGAAAAUAUUCAUUUUCAACAGGCCUUAGCUCGAGUUAACUGCCCAACCGUUAUUAUAGUUGCCGUCAUCAGUAAGCAUGUAAUAACGUAAUAUCGUCUCUUGAUUUUGUAUUAAAGUGAAAGAGGUGUAUAGCAGGCGUAGUUUUAGACACCAAAAUCUUCUCUUUCACUCUCACCAAAAAUCAAUGAUUGUCCUAUUUAAAGUUGUCGCAUAUGGUGUUAACAGUAUCCAAAUCGACGGCUGAGCAGAUAGCUCGUGCUAAAUCGUCUGAUUUUCACGUGCUGAAAAUUAAAAUAAAAAGCUUUAUCAAUAGGAAAAUAAUGUGAAUAAAUUGAUGUUAUCGCAAAUGACUGGCGAAAUGCCGUAGAACUCAUUUAUGUUGCCCAAAAAACACAUAGAAACUUAUAUGUGUAGAAUGGUCGAACCAUUGCUUUUUCUUCGCCAAUCAAUGUGUAUCGAAUGAAUAUGAGACGCUAUUAUUUUUAAAAGUCAUUUAAAAAAAAAAAAAAGAUAAUUCUGAUUAAUGGAACAAACACCUAGUUGAUUUAGUUAGCUAAAAAGAACAUAGAUUUUAGAUCUCAACUUCGUAUUUAUUCUUUCUUUGGUGAUUAAUUAAACGACCAAUCAAUUAACAAUUAAAACAUUGCAUAUUUUUUCCUUCUCAUUUAGAGUUUCAAUUUGCAUAAUUUUUAAUGAACCAAAAAUCUAAUAAAAAAAAACAAAAAUACGCAGCAACACGAACAAAUAAGUCGUCACUGCAAAUUUAUUACCAAAAAAAGUAAAUAAAUAAAAAAUGAAAAAGUAUUAUUCCUUUUUAUAGAUUUUUUAAAACAUUCACUUUGGAUUUACAUACAAACAUGAAUACAAGAAGCAAGCGAUAUAAACAAAACUUAGUUAUGCAAAAUGUCAGCGCUAUAAACUAAAACACCGUAUACAUAAAAAUAUAUUCAGUCAAAGUACAGAAACACACAGAAAAAAAAACACAUAUAGCAAACAUAUAGAUAUGGAAGAUGCGCAAGAAAGAGAUACACAAACACUCACCAAUAAAGAAUCUAUUAAUAUAUGCAUUUAUUAUUACUAAUAUCUUACUGAUAAUUGUAAUGAAUGACUAAAUAAAGUGGUCAUACGACUUUGAGUAUC